CAUGUUUACAGUCAUCCUUGUUUUGACAAUGUCUGACUAGUUUCAUAAGAAUUUGCCCAGAUUAUUUUUGCCAGUUUCUAAAUUCUACUUAUUUCCUGAGAGUUUAGCUCUCUCUAACUAUCUCGAAACAAGUCUACUUAAUUUUAUGAAGAAGUGUAAUCUAGUAUUAAUCUUCAUUGUGAUCGAGAAUUCCUCAAUCACCUUCCAAUCUGGUGAUUGGAUGUAGCUUUCAUCUCCUGUUCUUCGAAGUCAUAUGUAGUUUGAUAUUUCAUGCUUUCAUCGCGUGGUCAGUAGAUUUUUUGGUGACCAUUCAAUACUCACUUUCCUCAUAAUCCUCCAGAACUCAGCAGGUCGAUCCAGAAUGAUGCAUAGCAGAAGACGUGCUCCCAACAAUUUUACGUACAUCAGUCCGUGUGUCAAGUACAUGAUAUUUCUCCUGAACUUCAUAUUUUGGUUGUUUGGUGGCCUCCUAAUUGGAAUUGGGCUCUAUGCCUUCCUUGAUAAGUGGGAAUCCACAGGCUUAGUCAAAGUCGAAACAGUUUAUGAUGUCAUACUGAACAUUUCACUAGUGCUUGUCAUCACAGGCGCAGUUGUCUUCAUUGUUAGUUUUGCUGGUUGUGUCGGAGCCCUACGAGAAAACACUUGCCUGCUGAAAUUUUACUCUCUGUGUCUUCUCAUUUUCUUCCUACUUGAGAUGGUCAUAGCAAUAAUGGGCUUUGUCUUCCCGCACACAAUGCAGUCGACUUUCGAAGAAUCGUUCACAGACAAAAUCAUCCAGUCAUAUCGUGAAGAUCCUGACCUCCAGAAUUUGAUUGACUUUGUUCAAAUGGAAUUUCAGUGUUGUGGUCUCAGCUCUGACGGUUACACAGACUGGUCGAAUAAUGAUUACUUCAACUGCAGCUCUCCUAGUGUUUCUGAACGCUGUGGUGUCCCAUUUUCAUGUUGUAUCAACACCUCCACAAUCACCGGUAACCUAAUCAACAUCAUGUGUGGGUACAAAGCGCAGGAGCUCACCGUGGCUGAGGCUAGUAAAAAAGUUUGGACAAGUGGCUGCAUUGAAGUUGUUCGACUGUGGGCAGAGCGGAAUCUGUAUACCAUUGCUGGGGUGGCUUUGGGGAUUGCCCUAUCACAAUUGCUUGUCAUCAAUCUAGCUAAAACUUUAGAAGGACAAAUAGAACUACAGAAGUCUCGCUGGAAUUCUUGAAAUAUGGUUUUUUGCCAUUCAAUGGCAAAUAAUUAAGGUGCUGUCAAUUUUCUUCCUUUUUUGACUCUUGGUUUGCUCAAGAUAAUCAUGGCUGUUGCGUCAAUUGCCACGCAUCAUGUCUGAGCGCCGGAAGCAUUCAUCUCAAACAAAUGGAAAAUACCAUUUGUGAUCUGCCUCAAGAGGAAGGUUUUUUAUGCUUUUUUAUACAAUCAUCUUUCAAUGCUGAUGGCAUUUUGCUUUCGUGUAGAAAUCAACAUUUGAACCAUAGAUUUCAUAAGGAUUCUGUAUUGUAGCUCAGACCUGUGCAAUCUAUUCACCUGCAUUAUGCAUUUUGAUCUUGCGACUCUUGAUUUUAAGUGCAAUAAAAAACUAGAAAAAUAGCCUGUCAUUCUUCAAAUGAAUAUGCUUCUUGUUGUAAUCCAAUGAUCAUGUUUCAUGUAAUGGUUGUCUGGACAGGGCAGAGUAAUUCUCUUUCGUGCACAAAUUAUGUUUGUCAGCAUUCCCUGUUGCAAAAAAAGAUCUCUUAGCGUUUUUUGUGUCAAAAUUGUGGUAACAAAAGUCGUGAAGCAGUGGCACCAAUACAUCAAUUUUUAAUCUUUUGACAAAGGUCAAGUAAGGUCUCUUUUUUUGUAGACAUACUCAUUGGAAUCACAGCGUCCAAUCAUAACCAAUCUCUGUGAACAUUCAAUUAUGUUACCAGCACUGUUAGCAUGUUGUUGGGAGAUGAUCGUCUUUCAUUGCACACUUCAAGCAAAUAUAAUGUAAACUUUUUCUGAGCGCCAAGUCGGGAAGCCAGUUUUCCAAGUCUCAUUGCACACUAAAAAUUAGAUAAUUAAAUUUAGUAUCAUUUUACUUAGUCUUUUUAUACUAUAGUCAAUUUCCACAGACAUUCUGCUCCUAUGUCAUCAUCAUAAGAAAAGCAGAAAUGGUCUUUCAUCUUAUAUGAAUGUAGCUUUUUACAGUUUUCCAGCUUGUAUUGAUUCUCCCGUUUCGAGGAAAUAUUUACCUUUCGUUUAACUUAUUCUCAUUAUUAUGUAUCUCAAGUUGAGCCUGGUCUGACAAAGUACCAUUAGACAAGAUACGAAUUUCAGUAUUCUAAUGUAUGAUUUCUCUUCAAAAUAUCAUGUAGAGCACAGUUUGUCCAACAGAAUUUAAAGAAAUUAAGUCCCAUCCUAAAUUUCAACGUUUUAAUUUAAGCAUCGGUCACGAAAAAUUCGAAUGCCCCGCCAAUGAGAAAAACAGGAGUUUACUCGAAUCAAAUUGCAUACCUCAACUCUUUUGACAGGCUCUUCAAUAAGCAGCAUUCCUUCCCCUCCCUGCAUCGUUCAAAGUAUAAACAACAAGCAUUAGCUGAGCCAAAACGCCAAUAUUGAAGUCAAAGUGCUCAUAUGAGCUUUUCCCUCUGUAUUGAGAUUUUCAGCUUCAUACUGAUUUUAAUACAUGUUGGCCGAAAAAUUUCAACAUACUGUCUGACGACCCGUGCGUUUACCACAAUCAGUCAGUGUAAUAUUGAAGUUGUCAUAUUUUUAUACUGCAAGGACUGUCACAUUAGCGAAUUCCAGUAGAUUAUUGUUUUUUUCAUGAGCGGGAACUUUGAAUUUGUGCUUUGAAAAACGUUAAUAUCUUGGUUUGGAGGGUAUUUGAAUAAUUUCCAUUGCUCAAAUCAUGUUCUACGUGAAAUUUUGAUGAGAAAAGACAUCAUAAUGCUCAAAUUCGCCUUUUGUCAAGUGACCCAUUGUUGUUUUGUGUUCUCUUUAUCACAUUCUUUGUUCACUCAAAAAUCGUUGAACUUGUAUUGGUGGCCCUUUCAGCAUCGAUAGAAUAUUGAAAUUACUAUCAAUAACUGCCCGGAAAAAUCUAAUCUUAAAGUUGCGGACAGGUUGCAAGAGCUUGUAAGUUAAAAUUUUCAACCAAGAUUUGGUAUUACUCUUAAAGUUCUCUCAUCCAAGUUUAUAACUUCCAA